AUGGGUCAGAUUCUCUCAGAGGAAAGCGGGACGCCGGCCGCCCCCAAUGGCUUUCACUCUGGCGGAGGACGACCUAAGACAGGCACGGUCAUUCCAUCCCAAGUAUUGGCAUCAAUAUAUUGGCACUUGGGGAAUGACUGUGCCAACUCAGGAGGAGACUUCAAAAUUGAGAUCAAAAGGAACAAUGACAGUGAGAUUGAGGAAAUAAAAGUUCUGAUUGACAAUGUUGACAUCUCUAUUUCAGACGAUGCUCUUUUAGUUAAUGGAGAAAGGGUACAGAUGCCUUACAGUAAUAAAAUGGUUCACAUUAAGAAACAAGGAGAACACAAUGUUUUGAACAUCCGUAGAAGAACCUUGUCUUUAAUUUGGGGCAAAAAGAAGCUCUCACUCACUCUUCAUAGCCAGUAUGAAACUUGUGGUCUUUGUGGAAACUUCAACACCACUCCAGGUCAAGAUAUUAAUGAGCACAUUGCCAAUAGUAAAAUUCCUGGUGACUGUCCCAGUGCUCUUAGGAAGAACACUGAAGUGUGUGAAGAUGGAUUCCAGUCCUGCAAUAAAAUGACUGCAACCUAUUUUGAGAAAUGUGGAAAAGUUUCCCCACUGGCCAGUGAGUACAAAGCACUCUGCGUUGAUGAGUACUGCAGAAACAAAGGCAAGAUGUUGGCCUGCAACACCUACUCAGAGCUGUCCCGCCUGUGCACUGCUGAUGGUCCUGGCAUCUUUGAACACUGGCGAGAUGAUUUGGAUGUGGUUUGUGCUAGGUGGUUUUUUUUUCUACCUAAAUGUCCAGCAAAACAUAUCUACGAAGAAUGUGGACCCUCCAACCCUCCCACUUGUCCUAAUGUAGCUCCUUUUCAAGACAUCGAGUGCAUGAGCAGCUGCACCUGCCCGGAAAGUUACCUCUUGGAUAAUAUUCGAGAUAAAGGAAAAUGUGUAUUAAAGGAGAAAUGUCCCUGUGAAUCUAAUGGACAAGCGUACCAGGCAGGGGACAUCCGAGAAGGCCCCCUUGGCUCCCAGUGCACCUUCCAAGAAGCUAAGUGGUCCUGCACUGAGGCUUUAUGUCCUGAAAGAUGAAAAGCGGAAGGAAGCUUAUUUACCACUUUUGAUGAUAAUAAUUUCAAUCAUCCUGGAAACUGCCACUUCUUGGCCAUCCAUAAUGAAGAUUUGUCUGUUAGUGUUGACCUUCGUCCGUGUGCAAAUGGUCAGACAGGAUCAUGCUUAAAGAGUGUUGUACUUCUCCUGAAUUGUUUUACUUCAGGUAACAGAUUUGUGUUCAAUAGUGACGGAACAGUCACAAAGGAUGGCAUUAGAAUUCAAGGUUAUUACUACCCAGAUGAAAUACAGAUCUUCAAUGUAUCUUCUUCAUACCAUCAAGCAGAGGUAUAUCCACAUUUAAAAAUGCAAAUACAAACUGUUCCUGUAAUGCAGCUAUAUGUAUCCAUGCCACCCAAUGAGUUCACUGACACCGUAGGGCUGUGCAGCGUACAGGGCUGUGCAGAAGAUGAUUUCCUGUCAAGUCAGAAUAUACUGGAGACAACAGCUCAGGCAUUUGCCAGUUCCUGGGAAAUGAUGUCCCGUCCUAAAGGAAGCCCCUCUUCAUGUGUCAGCAUUGAAACAGCCCACAUACAUGGGGAAAUUUACCGGAGGCGGGGACUUCUCACCUCAGCUGGUAAGGACAUUAAAAACAAGGAAGAUAUAGUGGCCCUUCUUCAAGCCUUGUACCUGCCUAAAAAGGUAAGCAUCAUCCACUGUCCUGGACAUCAGUGGGGCCAGGGACCAAUUGCCCAGGGCAACCGAAUGGCAGAUGAAGCUGCCAGCCAGGCAGCAGAAAACGCUCAUAUCCUCUACACCCAUUCAGAUCUACAGGCUGAAAUUGAGAGACAAACAAGAGAGGGAGAUGCUCUCUUCACUUACACUGAACAAGAUCUGGAAAUCGUCCAGAAGCUCAAUGCUACCUUGGAUCCAGAGUCCAAAAUGUGGAGGUAUCAGGAUCGGGUCGUGCUGCCCCAAAAGGCAGCCCUUGAACUAAUCGACCAACUCCACCAGUGGACGCAUCUGGGACAUAAGAAACUAAAGACACUAUUAAAAAGAGAAGAACAACAUUAUUAUUUCCCAGACCUCAACCAGAUGGUCCAAAAGAAGGAAAUAGCCCAGACUGUGGUGAAGAAACUAAUCGGAGAAAUCUUCCCUCAAUUCGGACUGCCUAAGGUAAUUAGAUCUGAUAAUGACCCAGCCUUCGUCUCCCAGGUAACCAUCGGGAUAAGCGACUUAAUUCCCAAUGUGGAGAGAGGGACUAUUUUUACUGUAAAAACUGGGGAUGCGAAACAACCGGAGACACCGGGUGGUCCCCAUCCUCAUCUUGGCAUUACAUCACUUGUCUGUAGGGAUGGAAUUCUUCUUUGCCAAACUCCCCUAGAUUUAACUUUACAAAAUUGUUCAGGAGGGGCUGAGUAUGUAGAUUGCAAGGAUCCCAAGGCUCAGAGACGGACUGAUAAAACCUGUGGCACCCAGAACAUUCCUGCUUUUGAGGGGGACUUGCCUUGCAAACGUGGGUGCUACUGUCCAGCAGGAAUGGUUCAAAAUUCUAAAGAGACAUGCAUCUUUCCUGAUGACUGCCCCUGCUCUUUCGGAGAACGAGAGUAUGAACAAGGAAGUGUCACUUCCGUUGGCUGCAACGAGUGUACUUCCAUAAAGGGAUCUUGGAACUGUACCCAAAAUGCGUGUCAAACGACCUGCCACAUCUAUGGGGAAGGGCACAUUAGAACCUUUGAUGGAGAAAGCUACACUUUUGAUGGUCUCUGCCAGUAUACCUUUCUUGAGGAUUAUUGUGGUCAAGAAAAUGGUACAUUCCGCAUUUUAACUGACAGCAUCCCAUGCUGUGAAAAUGGGCUAACCUGCUCCAGGAAAGUCAUAGUUGCCUUUCAGGAUCAAAACAUUAUCUUACAAAAUGGUAAAGUAACAGCGAUUAAAACCACCAAAAGCAAGAGCUGUGAGCUUGACGCCAAUGCAUACUCUAUCCACACUGUCGGCCUCUACAUGACUGUGAAACUUCUGAAUGGAAUAAUCCUAAUUUGGGACAAAUAUACAAAAGUGUCUGUGAUUCUGGACCCACAGUGGCAGGUGCAUACAUCUCUCCCAGUGUGUGGUCUCUGUGGAAAUAACAACAGCGAUCUCAAGGAUGAUUUCACAACGAGGUAUUCAUCGGUAGCUGCUAGAGCCCUGGAAUUUGGAAAUAGUUGGAAAACAAGUCAGGAGUGCUCAGAUACCAUAACUCAAAGCUUCCCAUGUGACUCCAACCCGUACUGCAAAGGCUGGUCUGUGAAGAAGUAUGAGAUCAUCACUGACAGCACCUUCCAAGAAUGCCACAGCAAGGUGGACCCCACUGCCUACUACGACGCCUGCAUUGAAGAGGACUGCUCCUGCGACAUGGAGGGCAAGUACUUGGGCUUCUGCACCGCGGUGGCCACGUACGCAGAAGCAUGCAACACAGUUGGAGUCUGCGUCUCCUGGAGAAAACCAAACCUCUGCC